GUCUUCGACAGGGUCCGAGAAGAUUGCCCUAAUUUCCAUGAGAAGAUUAAGCCUAUUAAUGCUGAACUCACUCAGCCCAAGCUCGCCAUCAGUGCUGAAGAUGAAGAGGAGCUUCUGACGCGGGUCAAUAUUGUCUUCCACUGUGCAGCAACAGUUCGCUUUGACGAACCCCUGAAACGUGCCCUGCAACUGAAUGUAUUGGGCACCCAGCGGCUUCUAGAGCUGGCCCGGCAGAUGCAGAACCUCGAGGCCUUCAUCCACAUCUCCACUGCCUAUGCAAACUGUGUCCGGAAAUGCAUAGAUGAAAUCAUCUACCCACCCCCAGCUGAACCCAAGAGGCUCUUUGAUUUAGUAGAGUGGUUGGAUGAAUCUAUCAUUGAAGAUAUCACACCCAAGCUGCUUGGGGACUGGCCUAACACUUACACCUACACCAAAGCCUUGUCAGAAUACCUGAUCCAGCAAGAGAAAGGAAACUUGAACAUUGCUAUCAUCAGGCCAUCCAUCGUGGGAGCUAGCUGGCAUGAGCCUUUCCCGGGUUGGAUUGACAACUUCAACGGGACAAGUGGAAUAUUUAUUGCG